ACAGCAACACGGUGAGCGAGCUCUCUCAAGGACAGAUUCAUUCAUCUGCGCGUUGAGCAUGACCAAGGUUGCUGCUGUUUAGUGAUUGUGACGGUGAACUUCCUUGCAUUUCUCAGUGGUGUAACUCGUUUGAAUGUGAGAGACAUAAUGGUUCUCGGCCUGGCAGCAAACGUAAGUGCUUCCUCAGGGAGCAGCGUUGGUGGGUCUGGCGGCCCUGUGGUUCCCACUCCGAUUGUGGCGUUGCCCUCACUCUCCUUCACCGCCGCCCAGGUGGCCGCCGUCUGCGAGACUCUGGAAGAGAGUGGCGACAUGGAGCGACUUGGACGCUUCUUGUGGUCGCUGCCGGUGGCUCACCCGCACCUCCACGACCUCAACAAACACGAGGCGGUGCUGCGAGCGCGCGCCCUCGUCUCCUUCCACGUGGGCAACUUCAGGGAGCUCUACGCGAUAAUGGAGUCGCACAGAUUUUCCAAAUCGUCGCACGCGCGUCUGCAGGCACUGUGGCUGGAGGCGCACUACCAGGAGGCUGAGCGCCUCCGGGGCCGCCCGCUGGGGCCGGUUGACAAGUACAGAGUCCGCAAGAAGUUUCCCUUUCCCAGGACCAUCUGGGACGGCGAGCAGAAGACUCACUGCUUCAAGGAACGCACAAGAUCCCUUUUGAGAGAGUGGUACCUCCAGGACCCGUACCCCAACCCCAGCAAGAAGAGGGAGCUGGCCUCGGCCACGGGUCUCACCCCUACACAAGUCGGUAACUGGUUCAAGAACCGCAGGCAGCGAGACAGAGCAGCAGCUGCUAAGAACAGGAUGAUGAAUGGACAACAAGCUGGAGGCGGGUCGUCCAGGUCGUCCGAAUCCCGGGACCCUCACCACGACGACGACGACGACGACCUCAUCAACCCCGGCUCCCCGACCACCCUCGACGACUCCGACGACGAGGACCUCUCUCUAGGUACCCACUCCCCGCCCCCCACCGCUGAGAGUCCACUCCCCAUCACCAUCGCCAGUGAGGGAGAUGUCGUCUCCCCAGCCUCCAACACCACCUCCUCGCACCCUCCGUCUGUCUCCCCUCACCCUCCGUCUGUGUCCCCUCACCCGGCUAGCAUCUCCCCUCACCCGUCGACCACCCCGCCACAGAACUCGCCGCUGCCGCUGCUGAAGAACGACGCGUCGCCCCCCUCCUCCGACCUCCACCACCACCAUCACCACCAUCUCCACCACACACCGUCGUCGCUGGAGGUGACCAAGCCCUACCUUGUGCCGCCCAUGUCGUCCCUGCCCCUCAUGACGUCCCUAGCGACGUCCCUCGCCUCUCCUCUCUCCCUCUCUUCCCUCCCCUUCUCCUCCAUGGCCGCAGGGGAGGGCUUUAAGUUCCCCUCACACCCCUUCCUACCCCAUCCGCACCACCUCCUUCACCCCUUCUCCCUCCAUCACCCCCUGCCGCUAGUCUCCCCUCACUCCCAUCCUUUCUUCACCCUGCCACCUCAUAACCCAUCUGCUACUUAAUUCCCCCCCCCCCCCCCCCCCCCCCUCAUUUUCCCCUCACGCACUUCUCAUGCACCCCUCAUUUGUACCCUUAACUAACGCCCUGUUGUGUAAUUACCUGUUAUUUAAUUUUACCUUGAUCUCUAAGUGUUCCCAGUCAUCACCAGUGUAAACAAAUCACUGCUCAUUCCUUCCUUCCUUGCAUUCAUUCAUUCACUCCUGAAGGAUUUUUUUGUACUUUUCAUUUUCUCUGACACACACACACACACACACACACACACACACACACACACACACACACACACACACACACACACACACACACACACACACACACACACACACACACACACACACACACACACACACCAGUCACUGUCAGUCUUCAAUCUUGAACAUCCUUUAGGAUACGAAGCCGAAGUAAGACCUGUUAGUGGUGUUUUCUCCAAGAACAUCGUCUUCACUUCAACAUCCAAGUAGCACCUAAAGAGGAGGUUACCUCAACUUCUAUUUAUUAAAAUAGCAAACACUGCGGAACAGAUAUUGACACACUUGAGGUACUAUAUCUCCUUCGUCGAGCAGAGAGUCACUGAUUCCUCAACCCAUCUUUCAAGGAGUUUCGAAGACACCCUCACCUAUUCACUCUCAGCCGAAAACGCCCUUAAUAAUCAAUCUCCAGACGAAGGUACCCCCUCGAUAAUCUCCCCGUGGAAGAUGCCUUCGACAAUCAAUCCCCAACCGAAGACAUCCCUUAUUAUCAACCCCAAGACAAAGACGAUCGGAACAAUCUACCCCCAGCUGAAGAAACCCGAGAAAGUCAACCAUCAACCAAAGACACCCUCAGCUAUCCUCUCCCAGCCAAUGAAACCCUCGACAAUCAGUCCUCAACCAGAGAGACCCUCAACUGUGCAUCCCCAGCCAAAGAAAACCUCGACCACCGACCAAAGAAUCAUUUAUCAACCAGAAAAAUGAAUUUGGGGCGUGGACCAUCGGCGUGUGGCGUUUCGUGCAUAACUUUUGAACCCUAGAGAAUGCCGACUAUUGAUUUUGGAGAAUCGAUUUCCGUCACCUCUGGUCUGUCUGUCAGGACACGCCACUUGCAUCUGGCCUCGGCUGUCGCUCGCUGCUGCGGGGGACGCAACAGUAGCCAUCACCUUCAUACACUCUCAACGUGUGACAAAUAAUGUCAAUAUUCUCUUCGAAAAUGAUUCAGUGCAAAUUAACAAGUUGAAAUUAAUCUCCACGAGGAUCAUUUUUCUUAAGUGGUCCAAAGGGAUUGAUUAUUACGUUUUCAAGUGCACUGUAAGUUACUUUCAGACGAUAAAAUGAAGUGGACACCAAAGUUGAUAUAUGGAUAACAAGCGGGAAGAGAAGCGCUCGAUGCCGGGGCAUAUGAGCUGCUACGUUCCAGUGAGCUCUUUACUGCUACCUAAGUAUACCAUUAUUAUGCAUCCAACUACGAGCACCAUCCACACUUCAACCCAAAGUGUGGCUGCUUCCUACUGUCAGCCUCUUUCCUUGCUACCUACCAACACCACUAUUAAGCUUCAACCUACGAGCAGCACUACACUAUCUCUCUCUCACAUACACACACAGCCUCCAUAACUUAUUCUUAAACUGGAUGAUGUACAUCACAUUUAUCUCGAGUAAAUCUGUCAACGACGCUGACCUCAUUUCAUAGAUAUUUUUCAUUCCUCAUCUCCUUGUGGCCAUGUGUCUUUUCUCACGUGAACAUUGAUGAAAGAGUCCUGUGUACAAAGUAUCUGAACCAAGACCCAUUUUUCUUGACCACUUAAGGAGAUAAAUAAACGCAAUUGUUACACUUUUACUAAGAUUUCCUUAGUGAAGAAUAUCACACUCGAUAAAUAAACGCAAUUGUUACACUUUUACUAAGAUUUCCUUAGUGAAGAAUAUCACACUCUCUUCAGCCAUGAAAAUCUAACUUGAAACUAUUCAUCUGUUAUACUUGGAUCUUAAUAAAGUAUCCGGGUUUCCUUUACAUAGAAAAUGAGGCGUCAAGAUGAUGGGUUUUGCUUCAACUUUAUCUCACCUAAACCUGUAUAGGGACUGUGCUAGCUCAUUGUAAAUAAGAGACCUUUACUAAUGCACAAUUAGAAUGUCUUUCGACGUAACCUUAACCCAUCAUGUGAAGUCCCUCAACUUCCCCUCACCUCCCCCCCGCUCCCGCCAGAUGUAAUAUGUGUCAUGUGCAUUCUGAAGCUUUAAGUGAGGUUUACGAUCACUUAUAUGUAUAUGUAUAUACAUAUAUAUGCGAACAAGCCUGAAUGGUCCCCAGGACUAUAUGCAACUGAAAACUCACA